AUGAGGAUUACAGGAUUAAGGAAAACAACCAUUGGCCAGAAUGGUGUCGGCGCCUUCAUUCUCCAAUGCACAAAAAUGGAUUUUCAUUACUGCGAUUGGGCUGGCAGUUCCAAGGGAAUGAAUACCUUCAUCAAAAAUUCCUUACCGGGCUUCGCGAAAGCCAAUCCUCAAAUCGAAAUUACUGUCUCCCCUCGACCCGCCAAACACCCAGUCAUUAUUGGUCAUUAUAUCAAUGGUCGCGAGAAGGCCAUUUGCGUCAGAAAUCUAGAAAUGGGACAAAUAUUAAAGAAGGCAGAGCUGCUCAGAGAUGCGAGUGGAGAAAAGCUAAGGAGAGUCAAGAAGCCCGUGAAGAGUAUCAACGAGAGUGUUAGAGGUAUUUGGAGUCCUUAUCAUGGUGGUGGAAUUAAGGUUUGA